GAUAGUGUGUUUUCAUUGCUUGUCACGCGCUUGAUCCGCUAACAGUGUAUGCUAUCCGAGUGAGAUAUCAGUUUAAUCCUAACUAAGGACUACGCUUAUUUUUGAGACGCCACGUAUUAUUAAACAUUCCCUAUGGAAGAUUAUCUUUAUUGAUUAUAAAUUCUCGAGAAAGACAUGUUAGCUAAUGGAAGCACGUUACUGUUGUUGCUAUCAGUCACAUAGGCUGGUUGAAUAUCUAGAACCUCGUUGUUUUCAUUCAUGUUUGCAUUCCUUGAUUAGAUAAACACGUCCUAUCGAGAUAUAUCUGCUAAUGCUGAGCUCUGCGGGGGGUUUAACUCGUCACACGCCAUGGCUCAACGUUACCACAGAGGCCAUCAUCACGAGUCUGUUGAUAAAAGAUGCGGAGAGCCCAGCGCUGAUUAUAAGACGAACAAGCGCCACAGAUCUUCAGAUGAAGGCCAGCACGGAGCCGCCGAGUCUCUGAGCGCUCACAGACAGCUGUAUGAGAGACACUUCCCGCUCUACAAGCAGCCCGUGGAGGUGGGCUGCUUCUCUCUGGACUCUCGCAGGAGCUUCUUCAACGACCACAGGCAGCUGCGCUAUUAUGUGCAGCCCACCAAGAGCCCAGGCUUUAAUCUCAGGGACGGAUACACCAGCCGCUUCGUCAAAAGAGAUGACAGCGUGAAAGAGAAGCUAGAUCAUGUGCUGAAGUGGAUUCUGGCCAACAGAGACAAGAUCCAAACCAGGGUCCAACCCCCCUCAUCCAGUGCUCUAGGAGUGGACUUUGUGACAUGGAGAGGACACCUGACCAAAGUGCUGACCACCCCAUACGAGACUCAAGAGGGCUGGAUGCUGGCCGCCUCCAGGUUCAGAGGCACCAUCUACAUCAGUGAGGUGGAAACAGAGGCGGCCCGAGUGAACCGAGAGACCCGCUCCGAGCGGCAGGAGGAGAUGAUGUACUGGGGAUACAAGUUUGAGCAGUACAUAUGCGCAGAUGAUGUGGAUGGGACUCCAGACCCAGGGGGCGUCGUGAACACCAAUGAAGCGUUCUGUACGGUGGUUCAGACACGUCUGGCCGACCAUAAGCUGCUCUUCUCUGGAGAAGUAGACUGCCGCGUCAAAGACCCUGAUGCUCCUCCAGCUCCGGGAUGUUAUGUGGAGCUCAAGACCUCCGCAGAAAUCUGCACCCCGAAGCAGCGAAGCAACUUCCACAGGUACAAGCUGCUGAAAUGGUGGGCGCAGUCGUUUCUUCCUGGAGUGCCACAGAUAGUCGCUGGGUUUCGAGACCAUGAUGGGAUAGUGGUGGCUGUUGAGGCCUUCCCAACCUCCAAAAUUUCACAACUCAUCAAGAACGAGUACAACUGCUGGAAGCCAACCGUCUGUAUGAAUUUCUGCAACGAUUUCUUGUCCUUUGUCAAAUCAGUCGUCAAAGAGGACAACCCAAGACUGGUGUACCUGUUCUCAUGGGAUCCACACAGAGACGUGACCUACGCCGUCCACAGAGACUCUCAGUAUACCUUCUUACCAGACUGGUACAUCCAGGACAUGAGCAGUCACCAUCCAUCUCACCACUGAUAUACUGAGCUCACGCUGUAUGCAGUACAUCAGGAAUAUGAAUCAUGUACAUACUGUAGCAGAGCAGUGCAUGACUUGCCAUGGCUUGUGUUUUCUUUGAACGCUCUGCAUUCAGUUUAUGGCCUUGAAAAGAAGAGUUUCACCAAACAUCAACAAACAUAUCGACUUGAUGUGCACGUUUACUUUUUUAUAUAAAUAUAUUGGGAUUUUAUCCUUUAUGUUGAUAACCUCAAAAUAUCCUUGAGCUUUUUAAAGUUUGGAAGUCACAAAUAUUUUAUAAUUUUAACAGUUCUUUACAAUAUGAAAAUAUCAUUUACAACAAAUUAGUCCUAAUUCAUGAAAUUUGUUGUAAAGCUGUUAUGUAAAUCUUAUAAUUAAUUCAAUGUGACAAUUUAAAUGAACGUUUGUACAAACAAAUUCCAUUUGUUCAACUAUGACGUGUGGAAGAAAAAAUACAUACUGUUUCCAUAACUUGAGAAUUUUUUACAACAAUUUAAGUUAUAUUUUUUUUGUAUCAUUUUAGUUAAAUCGUAUCCUCAUUCCUUCGUUUUAAUUUAGAUUUAACUAAAGGGAGCAAAUUAGUACAACAUGUACACAACUUAAAUGAAUAAUUCUUAAUUCAUGGCCGUCUUCAUGGUCACUUUUUGGGUUAUAUAAGAGAAAUUAUUCCUCACGGGAUUUCUUCCAUAGCUUUUACUUAAACUCAUUUAAACAUGCCAAAAAAGUACAGUAAAAAAGGUUUUACAAAUGAAAAUACAAAAUAUAUGCUAUAAAUGCUGAAAUAAAGAAACUUGAGUACAAAGUCUUAA